UUUUAGGUAACCAAACAGGAUCUCAUCCUUGUUAUGUGCUUCAAUUAAUUACGGUUUCAGUGCCUUCCAUAUUCCAUUUAGCAGUUAUACUUGAUGUUGUUAGAGCUUUCCUGAAUGUUGUAAUUUAUAUUUGACCUUAUAUUAUGCACAAAUCACUAACUUAACAUGUUAGUGUGAAUAAUGUUCCUGUUUUUUCAGGUCCCUGAUAUCCCUACGAGCGAAUCUCCUCCAGAGAGACCAGGAGAACCUGACUGUACAUACUUCUUGAAGACACAAAGGUGCAAGAUCGGUCUCAGAUGCAAGUUCAACCAUCUAAAAGAUAAAGUUGAAGUUCUAAAUGCAUCUGGAAGUACAAACUUAGAGGCCAUCCAAAUCAUUAAGAAAGCUAGAGGAUCCUUGAAGGAUCAGUUUUUAGAUGAAGUAUGUUCCCUAGUUUUCAAAGUUUGUGUUGUGUACUGCUUUGCUGUGACCUAAGAAUUAGUCUUCUUUUUGAUGUCUACGGCAAUACUUUUUGGAGAACAGGAUGGGUAUAUGCUCGAA